AUGGUAUCCCUUUUCAACACGGCGUGGUCGCUCAUAACUUCACCGUUACUGCUAUUGGCCUACUUGUUUGGCCUACUGCUCCUCUACGUCUCGGCCAUCAUAGUAUACCGCCUCACCCUACAUCCUCUCGCAAAGUACCCAGGUCCUUUUCUAGCCAAAAUCACCGACAUCUACCUGGCAUGGUACGCCUACAAAGGUAGCCGACAUCUCGCCUUCCACCAAGCGCACUUGCAAUAUGGACCCUACGUCCGUCUUGGACCCAAUUUUCUGUCCGUCAACACGGCGACUGGACUGAAGACAAUUUACGGUUUCCGCUCCAAUGUGAAGAAGGCUAGCUUCUACAAGGCGUUUCCAAGCACGCCGAAGGCUGUGAGCGUGCAUUCUUCCAUCGACAAGAUGCAGCAUGCGAGAAAAAGGAGGGUGAUGAGCCACGCUUUCAGUGACCAGGCGAUCAAAAGUCUUGAAAAGUACAUAUUGGCAAAUGUACGUGUAGGCUGUGAACUCCUUGGCCGAAAGACCAGUGAAUGCAGUGAGCUUCAGGAGAAAGAUCAAGGCUGGAACGCAGCAUGGAACGCGGCACAUUGGUGUGAGUGGCUGGUCUUUGAUAUCAUGGGCGACUUGGUUUUUGGCAAGGCUUUUGGCAUGCUUGAAAGCCCUGCCAAUCGGUUUGCUACGGAAUUGGUUGGCAAUGCGGCCCAUCGACACCUGAUUUGUGGCACUCACCUCACCAUCCACAACUGGCACCUGGAUAAGUUGUUCUUCCGUAAAAUUGCGGGUCAGCGAGCACAGUACAUGCAGUACAGCAAAAGACAAGCCAUGGAGCGAACCAAGCUCGGACUCGAGGCAGAUCGCAAGGACUUCUUCUACUACCUCUUGAAUGCGAAAGACGCCGAAACUGGCAAAGGCUUCACCAUGGACGAACUGUGGGGCGAGUCGAAUCUGUUGAUCAUUGCUGGUUCCGACACUACAUCCACUGCCAUGUCUGGCGCAUUCUUCUAUCUGGCGAACAAUGCUACCGCUUUGCAGAAGGUGAUGCACGAGAUUCGCGAGACCUUUACGGAUGUCGAGGAGAUUGUGACUGGACCCAAACUCAGUGGUUGCACAUUCCUACGGGCUUGCAUCGACGAGACGAUGCGAAUGACACCCCCAGUCGCAGGUGCGCUACCGAGAGAGGUUCUUCCCGGUGGACUGGACAUCGACGGCCACCAUGUUCCUGCUGGUGUGGAUGUUGGGGUGCCCAUCUACGCCAUCCAUCACAACCCUGAUUACUUCUCUCAGCCAUUCGACUAUAUUCCCGAACGUUGGCUGUCAGACCCAUCUGUAAACCCUCGUUACGACAGACUUGCAGCCGCGCAAUCGGCGUACAAUCCGUUCAGCAUUGGGCCCCGUGGGUGUAUUGGGAAGGGAUUAGCGUAUGUUGAGUUGUCGGUGACGAUCGCGCGAGUGCUCUAUCUCUACGACCUGAGACUAGCACCAGGUACCAGCCUGGGCGCUGGAAAUAAAGAUCUUGGAGCUGGCAGGACGAGACCAACGGAGUACCAAAUUCAAGAUGUUUUUGCAAGUAAAAAGGAUGGACCUGUGUUGCAGUUCCGUGCAAGGUCAUGA